CGCUCCUCCCCUGCGCCGGGGCCGGAGGCAGCUCUGACACCUCCCUGGGACGGAGCCCGGCAGCUCCCCGGAGCAGCAGAGCUCGGGCAGCCGUCGAGGCCGCGCGCGGGCUCCGCUCAAACUCUCUGCCUUCUUCCCCCUGCAGCUCGCGCGCCCACGGAGCGACAUGGUGGCCACCUGCCUGCACCUGGCCGGCUUCGUCUGCAGCUUCAUAGGGUGGAUCGGGGUGGUGGUCGCGACGGCCACCAACGACUGGGUGGUGACGUGCGGCUACACCAUUACCACCUGCAGGAAGAUGGACGAGCUGGGCUCCAAGGGGCUCUGGGCAGACUGCGUCAUGGCCACRGGGCUCUACCACUGCAAGCCCCUCGUGGACAUCCUCAUCUUGCCAGGGUAUGUGCAGGCGUGUCGAGCGCUGAUGAUCGCCGCCUCGGUGCUGGGUCUGCCGGCUAUUUUCCUGCUGAUAACGGUCUUGCCCUGUAUCCGGAUGGGCCAUGAGCCUGGAGCUGCCAAGUACCGGCGUUCCCAGCUGGGAGGAAUCCUCAUCAUUCUCCUGGCCAUGUGCGGCGUCGUGGCCACCAUCUGGUUCCCCGUGUGCGCCCACCGCGAGACCACCAUCAUGAGCUUCGGCUACUCGCUCUACACGGGCUGGAUCGGCUCUGCCCUCUGCCUCUUCGGCGGCUGCAUCAUCGUGUGCUGCUCUGGCGACGCGCAGACCUUCGGUGAGAACCGCUUCUACUACGCCUCGGGCUCCAGCUCGCCCACCCACGCCAAGAGCGCCCACGUGUAGGCGCCCCGGACACGGGCCCGGCAGCGGCCGGGCGCUUGGGCGCCCGCGCCGGCUUUGCAGCUGCGCGCCAGCCCCGGGGGAGCGUUUAGAACAGCAGUGCGCGCCCGAUAGUUUUAAAGCAUUAGUGUCCCCGUCCGUGGCCCCCUGUUUCUAGCAAGAAACCUCCAGCAAACCCAAUGUGCUCCGGCGCUUCCCACAUUACCCCAGCCGCUUCUCCCCGCGUCUCCCCCGUGGGGUGGCCCAGGGGGCUGGGGGUGCGCGGGGGUUUGGCCUCCCGGCUCACCCCGUGGCAGGUUUAGAGCUUAAAGCCAUAAAACAGAAACGAAAAGAGAGACUUUCCCAGGGYUAAAAGGGCUCCUCCGACCACGUAACUCUGCUUUCUCGUGUUCAAGGUCACCGCUCUGCCAAGGUCUGAGCGAGAGUGUAGGGAGGAAGACUGUACUCUCCAACCCCGCAAAUGUUUCUCUUCUGGAAGAGUAGAUUUGUUCUGCAUUUGUUUUCCUUUCUCUGUAAAUACUUUUGUAUGAGACUAUUCGUUUUAGUAACAGUGUUUCCCCUGCCCUCCAAGUUCAUCAGUAUGAAGGAAGCAGAACUCAAAGGUCCUAAUUAGAAGGUAAAUAACAGCACAUUUG